AUGUGUCCCACUGUCACACAUGACCACUCCCCCGACCUGCGGAAUACCACAGGGGUACCACAGGAGUACCACAGGGGUACCACAGAGGUACCACAGGGGUACCACAGGGGUACCACAGGGGUACCACAGGAGUACCACAGGGGUACCACAGGAGUACCACAGGGGUACCACAGAGGUACCACAGGAGUACCACAGGGGUACCACAGAGGUACCACAGAGGUACCACAGGGGUACCACAGGAGUACCACAGGAGUACCACAGGAGUACCACAGGAGUACCACAGGGGUACCACAGGGGUACCACAGGGGUACCACAGGGGUCAAUCCUAAAGCCUAG